AUGAAGCCUCCCCCUCUUCUGACCUUCCUUUGCCUCCUGGUGGCCCUGGCUGGCGGGAACCUGGUCCAGUUUGGGGUAAUGAUUGAGAGGGUGACGGGGAAGCCGGCACUGCAGUACAAUGAUUACGGCUGCUACUGUGGCGUUGGUGGCUCCCACUGGCCCGUGGACCCAACAGACUGGUGCUGCCAUGCCCAUGACUGCUGCUAUGGGCGUGUGGAGAAGCUGGGCUGUGAACCCAAACUGGAAAGGUAUCUCUUCUCUGCCAGCAGGCACAACAUCUUCUGCGCCGGCAGAACCACCUGCCAGCGUCAGACCUGCGAGUGUGACCGGAGGGCUGCCCUCUGCUUCCGCCACAACCUGGACACCUACAACCGCAGCUACAUCCGCUACCCCAACAAGCUGUGCAGCGGCCCCACGCCGCCCUGCUAGGGCCUGGCCCCACCUCCUGCCUGUGUCCCGCCUCCAGCUGCUGUAGCCCCGGGGCCUGGGCAGCAAUGACACCACCAGCCCUCCCUCCGGAAAAUUCCUUACCUGCAAACCCAUCCCUCCCUGAGAGCUCCCAGACUGUGGUCUGGACCAUGGCUGGCCUCCUGGGCCACAUCUUCCCCCCCUGCUGGGAACAGCCACCGUGCCCAGGAGCCAAGGGACCCUUUAGCCCCCCGAAGUUUCUAUAACCCAGCCCUGAGAUCUCGGUUUCCGCUUCUGAAUAAGUGAAUAAUGUCCCGUAAUCCUAA